CAACCUUGCAUUAAGAUGGAAGAAGCCAAAGUACUCUCCUUUUCCAACUAUGGACUGCAAUGGUGUUUCAAUCAGCUCAGCAAAGAAGAAUUUCAGACAUUUAAGGAGUUACUAAAGGAAAAAGCUUCAGAGCUGGCAACAUGCUCUUUUCCGUGGGUUGAAGUGAAUAAGGCCAGUGUGGAACAUCUAGCCUCCCUCUUGCAUGAGCAUUAUAGAAGAUCUCUUGCCUGGGAGAUAUCCAUUAAUGUCUUUGAAAGGAUGAACUUGUCAGCCCUCUCCGAGAAGGCAAAGGAUGAGAUGAAAAAAUAUUCACUGCCUAAAAUACUGGAAGCUCCAACACCAACUAAGAAUGACCAAGAACCAAGCAUGGAAGAAGUGCCAGACAUUUCACAAGCUGUGGAACAAGAUGGUGCCACAGCAGCAGAGACAAAAGAACAGGGUCAUGGAGAUGGCAAACGGCACUACAAGAGUUAUGUGAUGACAAAAUUUGCCAUAAAGUUGGAUGCACACCACGAUUUCAAAAACUUUGCCUCUGACUGUCCAGAAAUGCAAACAUUGCUUGAUGCUUUUAAUCCAGACCAGAAGGGCUUCCGGCCUCGCACCGUGGUUCUGCACGGAGAAUCAGGAAUUGGGAAAUCGGCUCUGGCCAGAAGGAUCCUGCUGUACUGGGCACAAGGUGAACUCUACCAGGCCAUGUUCUCCUACGUCUUCUUUCUCCAUGCUAGAGAAAUACAACAGAUAAGAGAGAGCAGUUUCGCAGAGUUAAUUUCCAGGGAGUGGCCAGACUCCCCAGUUCCAGUGGUGGAGAUCAUGUCCCAACCAGAAAGGCUCCUGUUUGUUGUUGAUGGUUUUGAUGACCUGGACUUUACCUUCAAAGAUGAUGACACAAAUCUCUGUGAAGACUGGGCAGAAAAACAACCCACAUCCAUCCUGAUGUGUAGUCUGCUGAAGAAAGUCCUGCUUCAUGAGUCUUCCCUAAUGAUCACCGUCAGAGACGUGGGCAUAGAAAAGCUUAAAUCCAUGGUCGUGUCUCCACGUUACCUGUUAGUUGGGGGAAUCUCAGUAGAAAAAAGGAUUCAGUUGCUCCAAGAGCACAUUAAGAAUGAGCAUCAAAAGAUGCAAGUCUUGCAUUCGGUGGUGGUCAACCAUCCGCUGUUUGACAAGUGUCAGGUCUCCGUCGUGUGCUCACUCAUCUGCGAGGCUCUGAAGCUGCAAGAAAUGUCAGGAAAGAGCCUUCCUCCUACCUGUCAAACUCUCACAGGCUUGUAUGCCACUUUUGUAUUCCAUCAGCUCACUCCACGAGAUGCAUCCCAGCGCUUUCUCAGUCAGGAAGAAAGACUUGUCUUGAAGGGCUUGUGCCGGCUGGCCGUCGAGGGAGUGUGGAACAUGAAGUUUGUGUUCUACGGUGAUGACCUGGGUGUUCAUGGGCUAAGGAAGUCUGAGCUCUCCGCUCUGUUUCACAUGAACAUCCUUCUCCAAGACAGCCACUGUGAAAGGUGUUACUCUUUCCUUCACCUCAGCAUCCAAGAGUUUUGUGCUGCCUUGUACUAUGUUCUAGAAGGACUGGAAAGAGGGGGGGAUCCCUACCCUCUGCUCAUUGAGAACAUGAGGAGUUUGAUGGAGCUCAAACAGAUUGGCAUCAAUGUCCACUUGCUCCAGAUGAAGCGCUUCCUGUUUGGCCUCAUGAGCAAAGAGGUGAUGGGGGCUCUGGAAGUCCUGCUUGGAUGUCCUGUUCCCCUGGUGGUAAAGAAGAAGCUUCUGCACUGGAUCUCUCUGUUAGGUCAACAGGCCAACACCAUCGCCCCCCUAGACUUCCUGGACUCCUUCCAUUGUCUUUUCGAGACUCAAGAUGAAGAGUUUGUUCGCUUGGCAUUGAAAGGCUUCCAAGAAGUGUGGCUUCCAAUGAACCGGCGAAUGGACUUAAUAGUUUCUUCUUUCUGUCUCCAGCAUUGCCAGUAUUUGCGGAAAAUUCGGAUGGAUGUCAGAGAGAUCUUCUCUAAGGAUGAGUUCACUGAGGCUUGGCCCAUGAUUCCCCAAGGGAUGCAGACCAAGACCACUGUUGAUAAGUGGUGGGAAAAUCUUUGCUUUGUGCUCAGCACCCACCCAAAUCUACGACAGCUCGACCUGAGCAGCAGCGUCCUGAAUGAAUGGGCCAUGAAGACCCUCUGCGUCAAGCUGAGGCAGCCAACCUGUAAAAUACAGAAUCUGAUAUUUAAAGGUGCCCAGAUCACACCUGGUCUCCGUCAUCUCUGGAUGACUCUUCUUGUCAACCGUAAUAUUAAAUACCUGAACUUGGAGAGAACUCACCUGAAGAAUGAAGACAUAGUGAUGGCGUGCGAAGCGUUGAGACACCCACACUGUUUGCUGGAGUCUUUGAGGUUGGACCACUGUGGGUUAACCCACACCUGUUGUCAGGUGAUCUCCCAAAUCCUCAUGACAUCUGUCAGCCUCAAGUCCCUCAGCCUGGCAGGAAAUAAGGUGACAGACCAAGGCAUGAAGUCUCUCUGUGACGCCUUGAAGGGCUCCCAGUGCACCCUGCAGAAGCUGAUACUGGGGAACUGUGGUCUCACGGCAGCUGACUGCCAGGAUCUGGCCUCGGGGCUCGUUAACAACCUGAGCUUGACACACCUGAACCUUUCCAGCAACAGCCUGGGGAGUGAAGGCCUGAAUCUGUUGUGUCGGACCAUCAGACUUCCCAACUGUGGGCUACAGAGGCUGAUACUAAAUGAAUGCAACCUGGAUGUAGCCAGCUGUGGCUUUCUUGGAUUUGCGCUUAUGGGCAACAGACGUCUGACACAUCUGAGCCUUAGCAUGAACCCCUUGGAAGAUGCUGGGAUGAGCCUUCUGUGUGAGGUCAUGAUGGAACCAUCCUGUCACCUCCAGGACCUAGAACUGGUGAAGUGUCAUCUCUCUGCCGCUUGCUGCAAGAAACUGUCCUAUGUGAUCACAACAAGCAAACGCCUGAAGAGCCUGGAUCUUGCCGCCAACGCCCUGGGUGACAAUGGAAUUGCAGCGCUGUGCGAGGGGUUGAAGCAAAGGAAGAGUCCUCUGAGGAGACUCGGGUUGGAGGCAUGUGAAUUGACUUCUGAUUGUUGUGAGGUGCUCUCCUCGGCCCUCUCCUGUAACCAGCACCUGACCAGCCUAAACCUGAUGCGGAAUAAUUUCAGUACGAGGGGAAUGAUGAAGCUGUGUUCAGCCUUUGCACAUCCCACAUCUAAUCUACAAAUAAUUGGGCUGUGGAAAAGGCAAUAUCCUGCUCAAAUAAGAAAGAUGCUGGAGGAGGUACAGCUACUCAAGCCGCAUAUAAUAAUUGAUGAUGGUUGGUAUUCUUUUGACGAGGAUGACCGGUAUUGGUGGAAAAACUGA